AGAAGGAAGCGUUCGCUGUGAUCCCGGCGGCUUCGCUGGGGUAUGCGGUACCGGCUAGCGUGGCUGCUGCACCCCGCGCUGCCCAGCACCUUCCGCUCGGUCCUCGGCGCCCGCCUGCCGCCCUCGGAGCGCCUCUGUGGGAGAAAAGCUCUACAGGCUGUCCAAGGCUGAUGCAGCUUUAGGGGCCUCUGUCAAGUUCGUGCACCCACAUGAACAUUUCACAUGACCCUUGACCGGCAGUACCAGAUGAGGCCCCGAAGCCCUGUUUGACCAAUAAAGUGCAGUCGGAUCCAGGAUCUGAGCAGCAAAGGGGUCGUUUGGUAAAGAAAAAACUCCACUUCGUCCACACCAGGAGUAUUAAACAGGCAUAGUUUCAGUGUCCAAAUGAGUUAUAUAUGUGCCUGGGAUGGACUCUGAUCACUUUUUUCCCCCUCUAACAAAAUGAAAAUCUGGACAAGAGAAAUUAAACCCUGAGAAAAGUACAGAAUGUAGCAUAUAAUUGAGGUUUCCAAAAAAAGACUUACAGCAAAAUGAAUAAUCCAGCAAUCAAGAGAAUAGGAAAUCAUAUCAUCAAAUCUCAUGAAGACAAGCGAGAAUACCGCGGACUUGAGCUGGCCAAUGGGAUCAAAGUACUUCUUGUCAGUGAUCCAACAACAGAUAAAUCAUCAGCAGCACUUGAUGUACACAUAGGUUCAUUGUCAGAUCCUCCAAAUAUUGCUGGCUUAAGUCAUUUUUGUGAACAUAUGUUAUUUUUGGGAACAAAGAAAUACCCUAAAGAAAAUGAAUACAGCCAGUUUCUCAGUGAGCAUGCAGGAAGUUCAAAUGCCUUCACUAGUGGAGAGCAUACCAAUUACUAUUUUGAUGUUUCUCAUGAACACCUAGAAGGUGCGCUAGACAGAUUUGCACAGUUUUUCCUGUGCCCCUUGUUUGAUGAGAGCUGCAAAGACAGAGAGGUGAAUGCAGUUGAUUCAGAACAUGAGAAGAAUGUGAUGAACGAUGCCUGGAGACUCUUUCAGCUGGAAAAAGCUACAGGGAAUCCCAAACAUCCCUUCAGUAAAUUUGGAACAGGUAACAAAUAUACUCUAGAGACUAGACCGAACCAAGAAGGCAUUGAUGUAAGACAAGAGCUCCUGAAAUUCCAUUCUACUUAUUAUUCAUCGAACUUAAUGGCUAUUUGUGUUUUAGGUCGAGAAUCUUUAGAUGACUUGACUAAUCUGGUGGUAAAGUUAUUUUCUGAAGUAGAGAACAAAAAUGUCCCGUUGCCAGAAUUUCCUGAACAUCCUUUCCAAGAAGAACAUCUUAAACAACUUUACAAAAUAGUACCCAUUAAGGAUAUUAGGAAUCUUUAUGUGACAUUUCCCAUACCUGACCUUCAGAAAUACUACAAAUCAAAUCCCGGUCAUUAUCUCGGUCAUCUCAUUGGGCAUGAAGGUCCUGGAAGUCUGUUAUCAGAACUUAAAUCAAAGGGCUGGGUAAAUACUCUUGUUGGUGGGCAAAAGGAAGGAGCCCGAGGUUUUAUGUUUUUUAUCAUUAAUGUGGACUUGACUGAGGAAGGAUUAUUACAUGUUGAGGAUAUAAUUUUGCACAUGUUUCAAUACAUUCAGAAGUUACGAGCAGAAGGACCUCAAGAAUGGGUUUUCCAAGAGUGCAAGGACUUGAAUGCUGUUGCUUUUAGGUUUAAAGAUAAAGAGAGACCACGGGGUUAUACCUCUAAGAUUGCAGGAAUAUUACAUUAUUAUCCCCUAGAAGAAGUGCUCACAGCUGAAUAUUUACUGGAAGAAUUUAGACCAGAUUUAAUAGAGAUGGUUCUCGAUAAACUCAGACCAGAAAAUGUCCGGGUUGCAAUAGUUUCCAAAUCUUUUGAAGGAAAAACUGAUUGCACAGAAGAGUGGUACGGAACCCAGUACAAACAAGAAGCUAUACCAGAUGAAGUCAUUAAGAAAUGGCAAAAUGCUGAUCUGAAUGGGAAAUUUAAACUUCCAACGAAGAACGAAUUUAUUCCUACAAAUUUUGAAAUUUUAUCAUUAGAAAAAGAAGCAACGCCAUACCCUUCUCUUAUUAAGGAUACAGCUAUGAGCAAACUCUGGUUCAAACAAGAUGAUAAGUUUUUCUUGCCCAAGGCCUGUCUCAACUUUGAAUUUUUCAGCCCAUUUGCUUAUGUGGACCCCUUGCACUGUAACAUGGCCUAUUUGUACCUUGAGCUCCUCAAAGACUCACUCAACGAGUAUGCAUAUGCAGCAGAGCUAGCAGGCUUGAGCUAUGACCUCCAAAAUACCAUCUAUGGGAUGUAUCUCUCGGUGAAAGGUUACAAUGACAAGCAGCCAAUUUUGCUAAAGAAGAUCAUUGAGAAAAUGGCUACCUUUGAGAUUGAUGAAAAAAGAUUUGAAAUUAUCAAAGAGGCAUAUAUGCGAUCUCUUAACAAUUUCCGAGCUGAACAGCCUCAUCAACACGCCAUGUACUACCUCCGCUUGCUGAUGACUGAAGUGGCCUGGACUAAAGAUGAAUUAAAAGAAGCCUUGGAUGAUGUCACCCUUCCUCGCCUUAAGGCCUUCAUACCUCAACUCCUGUCACGGCUGCAUAUUGAAGCCCUUCUCCAUGGAAAUAUAACAAAGCAGGCUGCAUUAGGAAUAAUGCAGAUGGUUGAAGACACCCUUAUUGAACAUGCUCAUACGAAACCACUUCUUCCAAGUCAGCUCGUUCGGUACAGAGAAGUUCAGCUCCCAGACAGAGGAUGGUUUGUGUAUCAGCAGAGGAAUGAAGUCCACAAUAACUGUGGCAUUGAGAUAUACUACCAAACCGACAUGCAGAGCACGUCAGAGAACAUGUUUCUGGAGCUCUUCUGUCAGAUCAUCUCCGAGCCUUGCUUCAACACCCUGCGCACCAAGGAGCAACUGGGCUAUAUCGUCUUCAGCGGGCCACGCCGAGCCAACGGCAUUCAGGGCUUACGGUUUAUCAUCCAGUCAGAAAAGCCACCUCACUACCUAGAAAGCAGAGUGGAAGCUUUCUUAAUUACCAUGGAAAAGUCCAUAGAGGACAUGACAGAAGAGGCCUUCCAAAAACACAUCCAAGCAUUAGCAAUCCGUCGACUAGACAAACCAAAGAAGCUAUCUGCAGAGUGUGCUAAAUAUUGGGGGGAGAUCAUCUCCCAGCAGUACAAUUUUGACAGAGAUAAUAUAGAAGUUGCCUAUUUGAAGACACUUACCAAGGAAGAUAUUAUCAAAUUCUAUAAGGAAAUGUUGGCGGUAGAUGCCCCGAGGAGACAUAAGGUAUCCGUCCAUGUUCUUGCCAGAGAAAUGGAUUCUUGUCCUGUGGUUGGAGAGUUCCCAUGUCAAAAUGAUAUAAAUUUGUCACAAGCACCAGCCUUGCCACAACCUGAAGUGAUUCAGAACAUGACUGAGUUCAAGCGUGGUUUGCCACUGUUCCCCCUUGUGAAACCGCAUAUUAACUUCAUGGCUGCAAAACUCUGAAGAUUCCCCAUGGGCGGGAAAGUGCAAGUGGAUGCAUUCCUGAGUCUUCCAAGGGCUAGGAAAACCAUCUUGGCCACUUGAAUAGUUUCUUGUUCACUAUUAGAGAGACACAGAGGAAAAAAAGAAAAAAAAAAAAAAAACUUGUCAAAUGUCAUUAUGUAGAAAUAUUAAAAAUCCAGAGUAAUUAAAUUACAAAAUCUUAUAGAUGUAGAAUAUUUUUAAAAUACAUGCCUCUUAAAUAUUUUAAAAGUUUUCAUUACUAAGAGAAAUGUCCCUUAUAUAACUACUUUAAAUGAUGAAUGAUAUUCCUAUAGAAUCUUCCUUCCUUAUUCUGUAAAAUAGUCACUUGUCAGAAGAAAAAUAUGUUAGCUUUUUUCUAAAAGCCUCCUAAGUUGACAGAAAAGACUUCAAAAUAUAUAGAAAGGUGAUACAUUUUUAAAAAUUGAUUCUCAAGUUUGCUUUCUACUUAAUAGUUUCAUGUAAAUAAUGGAGAACAUUACAUUUGGAAGAUAAUGAACAAAGCAAUGUAAUUUUCUUUUAUUAGUGAAAUUGCUGAUUAAGGCAUGGUUUUAAUCUUUUUAUAAAAUUUGAACAUGUUUUUUAUUCAAACGAGUAAAAUGCUGGAAAACUCUAGAAUACCCUACUUAUUUACAGUGCUAGAAAUACAGACUUACGUGGCAUCAAUUUUGUCCCAAACUGAAUUUCUCAGGAUUACUGUGACUUGUUUCUUUCUGAUUGAAGCAUAUUGACAUUCUUGUUCAUCGUUGGUUUGCAGUGUUCCAUCAGUGUCCCUUUUUUCCCCAUCAAUACAUUGCUCUAUUUAUUUAACUUCAGAUCCCACUGAGUGUGUGACAUGCUUUUCCAACAUCAGCUGCUCUAAAUGUCUGUAACUUUUUACUAUGGCGAAAUCGCAGGCAGUAUUCCAACCAAAAUAUCUGUCCCGUUGUGAAUAUAAAAGGCAGCGUGUACAAAGACACCUUUUUGGGGGUACAAAAAGGAAAGCCUUGGACUCUUAAAUAGUGUGAUCUCCAAAGAGACACUAAAUCCCCGUUUUGCUCCCAGUCUAAUAUUGCCUUAAGUGUUAAGUUGUUUUUUGAAUAUAUACAUACAAACACACAGAUGAUGACUGGAGUGAGCUUUUAAAAAAUAUCUUCUCUUCAUGAGAUACAAUUAUAGAUGAACUUGUUACUGUAUAUUUGGCAGCCAUUUUGAAGCAUUUACUGUUACUAAGACUUCCAGGGAAACUGGAAACACACAGGCACUAGUAGCAGUAAGUGGGCCUGUCGUUGACUAACUCAGGCGAAGGAAGGAGUGGUAUUUUCCAGGGACAUUUCGCCUCCAUGUGGUUGAUUUGCCAGGACUGCUUUCUGUAGAGUCACGUCUCUUUCACAUCUUAAGUUUCACAUUUGCCAUUUUUCCAAAUAAUCUGAAUUUGGGGCAAGAAUGAUCAUCACAGUCGUGGAGGCUGCUUUUGAAAGCGGGGCUCCAUUUCUCCUGUCAGGUAAAUGUGGUGCUGUAGCUGUCUUUUUACCCCUACCUUCAAGAGCUUCCUUGUACGAAGCUUGUCUUUGUGCAUCAGAAGGUGUGUGAGUCACCAUCACUCCCUUCUGGUUUUAUGCAUUUGUAGACUAUGCAGCUUUUCAUCAAACUGCAAAUAUAUAUGAGAGGGAUCAAAAAUGAGUCCUGAGUGUAUAUAUCUACCACUGGAAGAGUAAAUAACCCACCUAAACCUUUUCUGUGGAAAAUUAUGUGCUAUUGGGUAACUUAGCUCUUUACAAAAAAAGUAGGGGGUGAAGUUUGAGUGUCAUUUUUAUGGGAAAGUCACGUGAAGAGCUCUGAAGGGCAUCCCAGGGAGUCUCCAGGAAAGUGAGGUUGCUGGUGAGUGUGCUCCAGUGUUGUCUGCUGUCCACGUAGGACCUCCAGCCACUGUUGGCUCACUCAGGCUGACUUACACAUUCAGCUAAAUAGGUCCAAAUUGUAGUCCAUGAGCAAUAAUAGACUACCUGGACGCUGCUCUUUCCUCAGUGUAAAGGAGAUUUGUGAAACACAUUCAGGUGUCUGUUACCCAUGACUUUUUAAAAAGUCUUUUUCACGAGUUGAUGUGGAAGAGAGCAUGUGACACAGCCAGUAGGUGGUGGAGUGCUAGGGUAAUCCUGUUUACAAUAAAUUGCCUGAUUUUCA